UAAUCAAAAUUUGAUUACGAAGCUUUCCCGUUUAUCAAAAAGAAAAGAGAGUGAUUAACUCAUAAAACACUUCCUUUCAACUUCAACAGAUCAACAAUAAAAACCCAACAAACAAACACAGCACAGGAAAAGAGAACACACUCGCAAAUCAAUCAGCGACGUUUCUUUCACAGCAACAACGGCAACCAGCAAACAAUCAAAAAUCUUAAAUAUCUAACGCUUCUUUUUUCCUUUUCUCGCUCACUUACCUAACUCAGAUUCACUCGUAUCAAACCAUCCAUGGCGGAUCUGUACGGAACUUCUCCAUCUCCAGCUCCAGAAUCUGAAGAAAUCUCCUGUUUCCUACAUCAACUCCUUCACAAUUCUUCAUCUUCCACUUCGUCUUCUAAGUUCGUGCACCAUUCUUUUUCUUCUUCUCACUCGCUCCCUCCUGAGAAUUCUUCGCCGGCUGAAUUGUUUUUCGGCGGCGGUGGGAGCUCCUCCCUUAAUUACUCUGAUCAGGGCGGUUAUUUCGCGAAAGAGAGUGCUGAGAGGAGAGGUGUUUCUAUGGAGAAUGAUCUAGGUGACUUAAGCUGCGAUAGCGAGAAAGGUGCUGAGGUGGCAGAAGUGCCAUCGGAAACCGUGCGGCCUAGAAAUUCAUCAAAGAGGAGCAGAGCUGCAGAGGUUCAUAAUUUAUCUGAAAAGAGGAGGAGGAGUAGGAUUAAUGAGAAAAUGAAGGCGUUACAGAAUCUUAUUCCAAAUUCUAAUAAGACUGAUAAGGCUUCCAUGCUGGACGAGGCUAUUGAAUACUUAAAGCAGCUUCAGCUUCAAGUACAGAUGUUAACUAUGAGAAAUGGGUUGAGUUUACAUCCUAUGUGCUUACCAGGAGUUCUACAGCCUAUGCAACUACCGCUGACAGGAAUGAGCUUUGAUGAAGGGGGUGGACUGUUAAAUACCAAUUCAGCAACGGGUGCAUUUUCUGAGAAUGAUGAAAGCUCAGCACAAGCCACUCUCAGUCUUCCAAACAGGUGUGCGGUAUCAAAUCAACCAAUUAUUUUGCCUUCAACAACAAAUAUCACCUCUUCAGAGACACCCUUUGGUUUUGAGCCUCUGAUUCAGGCUAGCGGCGAACCCUUCAAUCUAUCCACAUCUUCAAAGGAUAUCUGCAGGGAAGGCACAGCACAACCUCCGUUAGAUACAAAUCAAACUGUGAAGACAACUUCACCCAGUGUGUCGUAGUUGAUAUCUUACACUUAAGACCCAGGAUCAACAAACUGUGUGACCAGUCCUUUUUAUUUUCUUUCUUCUAUCUUCGAACUUUUUCCCCAAUUGCCAUAUAAGGUGCCAACAGUCCAUGAGAUCAAACCGCUGACAUUUACACUUCAUCAGGUUAUCUAUUUUGUAACGGGCUCAUACAUUUGUGGGAACCAUAUUCCUUAACUUCAAUAGAAACCUUCCGGGCAAAAAUCUGCUAAUGUGUUAAGUUAAUUUAGAAACUAAAAAUAUGGUUGAUGGACGCUGUUAGUGCGGCACAAUUUGAAAUCUGUACUCAAAAAGGGGAAAUGAAAUGGAAGGAUGUUUUGGAAUG